UAAAGGGCCUCAUUGCCAAAAUCCUGAAGUAUCCCUUUAAUUGAGAGAGAGAAGAUGAGGUUCUAAAGUCUUCUUUUUUAAGGAGAGUAGAAUUCCACCCUCUUUGUAUUGUACACAUGUUUUCAGACAGAUUAGAAUUAAUGGAGGAUCUUGAUGAGGAGAAGAACCCAUUAGGAAGGGUGGAUGCGGGGAUUGAACCCUGGUCUCCGAAGUCGCAGUAUGUGUCGAGCUGGGCGUGUCACCACUCAACCGUGGGUUGUAUUUCUCAAAGAGUGAUGCCGAUGACAUAAUCUGCAAUAUGGAUGACUGUACAUUCCAAGUUCUUCUUUCCGGUCGUAGUAGUUUUUCCACCUGCUUCUGUGUUGUGUGUCUCUGGAAGACUGGGCCAUGCGCAGCUGGAGGUGGCAGUUCUCCAGGAUGAUGAGCCUUUGCCUGCGCUGGUGCCGGCUGUGUCCUAAGCGAGGGGUGCGCCCCAGCAAGCCCCGGAGGAAGCUAGGAGAGCUGUGGAGCUACUGGAAGCUGCUGCUCAACUCCCUCUACUUCAACAGCCUCACCAACUCUGACACCUACCUGGACUGUGUCUUUGAACCCAUCUACUGGAUUGUGGACAAUGUGACUCGCUGGUUUGGGGUGGUAUUUGUGUGCCUGGUGAUUGCCCUCACCAGCUCUGUGGUGGUCGUUGUCUACCUGUGCCUGUUGCCUGUUAUCCUCAACACCUACCCACUGCUGUGGAUCAUCUGGCACCUCACCUAUGGCCACUGGGUCCUCAUGAUGGUCCUCUUUCACUACUACAAGGCCACCACCACCUCCCCUGGACACCCACCACAGGUUAAAAGUGAUACACCGUCAGUGACCAUCUGUAAGAAAUGCAUCGUCCCCAAACCAGCCAGGACUCACCACUGCAGCAUCUGCAAUACGUGUAUUCUGAAGAUGGAUCACCACUGUCCUUGGCUCAACAACUGUGUGGGUCACUUCAACCACCGCUACUUUUUCUCCUUCUGCCUGUACAUGACCAUGGGCUGCAUGUACUGUAGCGUCAGCUGCAAAGACAUGUUCAUAGAGGCUUACAACGCUGUCGAGAGCUACUAUCAGACCCCACCAGCACUGUUUUCCUUCAGGGAAAAGAUGGUCCACAAUGGUGUCAUUUUCAUUUGGGUGCUGACAAGUUCGGUGGCAGUUGCUCUGGGAGGUCUGACCCUGUGGCAUGCUAUCCUCAUCACUCGAGGAGAGACCAGUGUGGAGAGACACAUCAACAAGAAAGAAAUCAGACGUUUAAAGGAGAAAGGAAAGUCACUGGUUGACCAGAGUCCUCCUGCCGUCUAGCCACGUUCCCCAUGAAGAUGGACUGAUAUGGGAAUGCCCUCGGGCUCUCACCAGAAGAGACCCUAUGACCAUCUAACCUCCCACUACUCGCUGCUGGACAGUUUCUCAUCUCCACUUUAUGGGCCAUAAUCACUGCUAUAGCCCUGGCCCCUGGAUGGUGGGGUAGACAAGACUUCUUUUAGCCUCUGAGGAGUGGACUAUUUGGUGUUGAGUCCAGCGACCUUAAUCGGACCUCCAGUCACUGUCAUGUGAAGUGAACUGAUGGUCCUGUCUUUAAUAGUCUACUUGUCUUGUGGACUGACUGUUUGUACUUUUAGGUAUGUUGUCCAAAGUUGAUGUGAAGUGUGUGCUUUUUAAUUGUAUUUAAGUCACAGAAGAAGCAGUUUGGACUUUUUCAGUGCCAAAGAACAGCUUUCCACCAAAGGCUAGGUUCGAGCUAGAUAACCACAUGCCUUGGCCAUUGUCCAACUAUGGGUGAGUAGUCUGGAGACUGACAGAAUUACAUAAACAAUAUUACCAUUCAGGCUCCAGUUAGAUUAUGGUGCUCAUGUUACUGAGCAGUGCCCCUGUCAAUAUUAGGAAUUGUCAAAACAUUGCUAUGUGCCUUGUUAUGUUAAAUCUUUAACCUGUUUUCUAUUUGUUAAUUACCAGGCACUAAUGCAAAGUAGAGUUUAAUGUAUUAUCCAACCUCUCCCACAUUGAUUUCCCCACUAAAAAGCGGCGUGUACACUACACGAUUUUGGUCCCGAUAGCUGUCCUGGUCAAGUUUUUGAGAUCGGUAUUUUCAAACAUGGGUAUUACUAUAUCGGCACAAAACCAGCAAUGAUCGUGUAGUGUGAGAUGUGCAACAAGUUGAGAAUGGUGAUAAGCAAUAGCCAAUGAGAGCUCGCCAGUGAGAUGACGUUUCGCAUCACACAGAAUGUGUAGGUGCUCGAUCCAUGAAUACUAUUAGUACGCGUUUGUACUUUAACCAAACCGUCAAUUCGUUACAGCUCUGAAGUUCACAAGCUAUGUUAUUAAAUUCAAAAUGUUGGCUAGAUAUUUCAACUCUGUAUGGCAAGCGUGAAAGUCUUGAAAAAUAGAGCCGCACACUCGGCACUCAGAUGCAAAACUAUUUAUGUCCAACGUUUCGACAGACAAGCUGUUUUCAUCAGGGUAUAAUGACAAACACUGCGAGGUGACUCAAAAGACAGGUCUAUAAUCAUGGACAAAUACAAUUUGGCUACAGCGUGAAAGUCUGACUGAAAACGUUUGAGGCUGUUGAGACAGCUCGUUGUAGCUACAUUAUUUUUUCGAGAGAGCGUGGUAUCUUGAAUCCUCAAACAAGUGAAUUAUCUUGUAGUGUUUGACCCCCGUCUGUGCCACAUCGUUUAGUACGCACCACUACGUUGGCAAGACAACUACAGGAAAGCGGUUAUUUAACCUCUAUGGAAUCAGUGUCCUCCCCGGGGGAUGGUUGCGCUAACGUGAUGAGCAGAAAGCUUAAAUUCUUGUUAAUCUAACUGCAAUGUCCAAUUUACAGUAGCUACUAGUGAAAGAAUACCAUGCUAUUGUUGAGUGCACAGCUAGGUACUUGAAAAUGUAUCAAUAAACCAAUUAAGCACAUUGGAUCAGUCUAAAACUUUGCAGACUGUUGCCAUCUAGUGGCAAAUCUAAAUAGCACCUAAACUGGAAUAAUACAUUGGUCUUUCUCUUGCAUUUCAAAGAAUACAAAAAAGUUAAAAAAAUAUUUGACCAGAUGUGUUAUUCUCCUACAUUAUUUUCAAAGGAAUCAAUUAUAUGCAUAUCCUUGCUUCAGGUCCUGAGCUACAGGCAGUUUAGAUUUAGGCAUGUCAUUUUAGUUGAAAAUUGAAUUAGAAAAAAAUUGGUCUUAACUUAACAUGUUCAUAUGCUCUGGAAGCUGCGGACUUCCUCCUUGCUGGUCUCGAAUAUGGCCACCAGUUAGAAUUCCUAGAAUGAUCGGGAUAUUUCUUGUGGCCAGCCUGUAAAUGGGAGGGGCUAUGUGGUUGGCUGCUGUGACAUGACCAAUAGAAACUGUUUCACUAUAUUGCGCACAUCUGUAUCAUUACGAUUUGAUAUUAGCUUGUAUUGUUCUAAUAUUUGAUAAAGGAUUGUUUUUGGAAACUUCA